AUCUUAGUUAUUCAUCUGACAGAAGAGGAUCAGCUUCAGACUUUCGUAUUAGCAUUAUUACUAGCCCUCAGUCGAUGUUUACGUAUUAUUCGAAUAUGAUCUUUUUAUUUCUCGUGUACUCGAACGAUUAAAAAAUAUUUAGUAUCGAUGGAAAAUUCGUGAAAUUGAAAUCAGAUCAGAUUUAUUACUAUUUUCAAACGUGCAAAAUUAUCUUCCAAUUUAAAUCCAAAAUGGGAGAAAUAUCAUGCCACAUUUUUUUGAUAUUUUUCUGGAUAAAUUUGCAAUUUUCAUUGGUUCACACGUACGAAGAAAAUUGUGAUUUGUAUCAAACAAAGUCAAACACGAGCACGUUGUGCAAGCAACAUGAUCAUCGUUUGGUUUGUUUUCACGGUCUCGAGGAUAAAUGGAGGAACGGAGGUCAAAACGUACGAACGUUGGUGUUUUGCUAUUGGCCGCUGCCGAUUUUCGAUCCUCAGGAUGUUCUGCAGGGAUUUCCCUCCUUAAAAAAGCUUGAAAUGAAAAAAGGAAAUUUAACCACAUUAAUUUCAUCAUUUCCAAACGAAUCUCGAUCGAUUGAGAAAAUAGAAAUAACUGGGACUAGAUUAAAGGAACUUCCAGAAAAUGCAUUUGCCAAUCUUUCGAGCUUGAAGAUCCUCGAUAUUCGAAAUAACAGUUUUCCAGAGGUCGACGUUGAAACUUUUAACAUCCCUUCUUUACAUCACAUUUAUCUCUCUGGUAAUCCUUUGAAAUGCACGGAGGAUGCGAAGUGGAUAUUGAGCAGAGAAAAGGGUUCUCUGGGGCAUAAAAUCGCCGAUAAAGAAUAUCUGCGUUGCACGGUUCCCUACGAUGGCAGGGCAUUGAUUCCAGUUGUAGAAAUAAUCAGUACUUUGAAAGAGGAGUGUACAAAGACUGUAUGUGAAUGUGAAUUGGUAUACGUGGUUGGUAACGGAGGAAAGCACAUUUACAAGCAAUUAAUGGCUUUUGCUUCGGUAAAUUGUAGCCAUCGUGGAUUAACCGAGAUGCCAAGCUUUUUGCCCGCAAACACUACCACUCUUCAUUUAUCUGGAAACAAGAUAAAGGAUUUGGGGCCACUUACAACGAAUCCUGUGUACAAGGGAGUGAUAGACCUGUAUUUGGAUGGUAAUAAAAUCGAAUCGAUCGUUCAAUUGGAGGGAUCUAGUUGGAUGGAUCAUUUUCGAUUGUUCAGUCUUCGUGGAAACAAACUAACGGAUCUGCCGACAUAUGCUCUGGAAAAUGUGUUACAACACAAUGGGAACGCAGUAAGUUUGUAUCUUGGGAAAAAUCCAUGGACGUGCGACUGCCUUUUCACACCAGGUUUCCAGGAUCUUCUAAUUAGAUACACGAAUCUAAUAAAAGAUAUCAACGAUGUCAGAUGUUCGCCUAACAAUGGGGACGAUAAUUCCGAUAGAAUCAUAAGAGACUUGAAACGCACCGAAAUCUGCGUUUCUUCCGACGAAGAUUCUAUAAUCCAUCCCUUGGACAUCUUAAAUAUCAUUCUUGCAUUUCUGAUAUUUUUAAUCAUCGGAAAAUUACUUUACGACUAUUGGUCUUUCAAGAAGACCGGCCAAUUGCCUUGGAUCGUUACUAAGAUACCGUAAUAUCAUGAGAUAAUUUUGAAAAAAAAAAAGAAGCUUACCUUCAGUCUUGCUUUCUCAUCUUCAUAGUAUUGAUGGUACAACUCGUCAGCUGCUGCUUUCUUGGCCACACAUUCUCUCAAGCCACGACCUAAAUUUAUUUUGGAAAAGGACGGGUAAAUAAAACAGAGAGAACAAGAAGGGAAUAAAACAGAGAGCAAAUGAAUAAGAAAGAAAAAUUAUUUAUGUAUCUGAGAAAUAAAACCUUCGCUAGUGUAGCCUAGCGCGGAACAAGUGGCGACAUAAGUUAAACCCUGAUACGUUUUCUCCUUUUCUACAGUAUACUUUGGAACCGAUACAUCUUUUUCAAGGCAAAGUUGGUACAACUUUCUUUGAGCAGUUUCUCUCAGACCGUCCAUCCCUAGAUUAAUUAUUUCUAACAAUCUGCCAAAUUGAAUAUGUUCAAUUGAUUACAAUUGUCAUUGCAAUUAUCACACAAUUAUCAAUGGUUGUGAAUAAAAUUUUUAAUGUGCUACAUACUCUUCACGCGUAAGAUCGGCGAGAGUGCCAAGUUUCUCGUCCUUCAUUUGCUUGUUUGCAAUCAUUUGCAGAAUUGUCGCGGCCAGAUCGUUUUUGGUUGAUUCUUCGGAGAAACCUCUACACGUUGCUGUUAAUUUUAUACGCAAGGUAUUAAUCGAUUAUCUAUAUUUUGAGAAUUUGGAAAGAAACAAAUUUUUGAACGAAUUCAUUUUUAUGUAAUUUUUAAUACUCGUUUCUGUAUCGCGUUGGGUAGAGUUUUCUCUGGCUAAAAUUUUUAAAGAGUCUUUUUAAUUAAAAAAAAAAAAUAAAAUGACGUUUGUAAUGAGAAAUAUAAACGAAAUCGUAUGAAAGAAUUUGUAAAAUUUAAGAUAUCGAAUGAAUUUAUAUACGUAUUUACACAAGACAUUACCAGCAAAUCCACCAAGAUUUCCACGUAUCACAUAAACGCUUGAUUUGAGACGAUGCGGACUUUCAUUAUAUUCGUAUUCGACCGAGGUUUUGCAACGUUUCGCAUAAGUUUCUAAGAUGUUCAACGGUGUCCGUAGGUCAACUAUCGGUGAAUUUUCGUCACCACUACCCUUUAAUUAAAAGUGAAAUAAAUUGUAAAAAUUGUAGAAUAAAUUAGACGUAUAAAUAUAUAAGAGAAGGAUAAUUUUUUUUUUUUUUUACUUUGAUUGAAACGUUUAUUCCAUCAUUAAUUUCGAUCAAUUUUGGAGGUUUCAUGUUUCGUUCGGGAGUAAUUUGUAAAACAGAAUCACCAGCAUCUGUUUCUUGACGAUGCAGGAUAAUGCAAGAGUCCUCGUGCUCUAUAAAAUAUUUGCAUCUAAUAUAAAUUUGUUUAUUAAAUUAACUUGAAAUUUUAAAUAAAAUUACUAUUUAUGUAACUUUCUGUUUUUGUUUCUUCACAAUUGACACGUUUUUCGAACAUAUUAAUUGUUUUUUUAACAGAUUGUACCUCGUCUGUAAAUAAGAAUUAUUACUUAAAAUCGUAAAAUUAAUUAGAUUUUAUAAUCAUUAUUAAUACCGGUAUUUUCUCGUAGAGCAUUAUCUACUAUUUUACCCCAUUCUUCUAAGCUAUGCGCCUCUUUUGCCAUUUGAUAGUUAUCUAAAUAAAAAUAACGAUCGGUAUUCGAUUAUUCAUUAUAUAGCAUUUCAAUCUUAUCAUUGAAUAGAAUUAUGCAAACUUGUUUCAAUAGUAAGUGAAGAAGAUUCGUCACUAGAAUGUUUCCGUAUAUUAGAAUUAUGAUUUAGCGUAAUCAAAUCAAACGAUUGACUUUCGGUAUCCUGUUCUUUAAUAACUGAAUCUUGACUCUGGUUAUUCAAAUUGAUUUCCGUUCCAUACAUACUGCUUUCAGAAACUUGUGUUUCUGCCACGUUCUUGUUUAUGGUAUCACUUUCUAUAAUCUAUGGUGCAAAUAUAAUUUGAUUAUUUUAAUUGAAUUAUAAUUUCCAAUACCUACAUCGUUUUCGGUAGCUGAUUCCUUAGCGGAAAUCAUUGCAGUUGAUUCUUCCGAAUCUUGCGUGCAGAAAGAGGUUGAUGUCUCUAGAGAAUCGUGAGAAAUUUUUCUUAAAUUCUACUUUAAAAAAAUGAAAUUUAUCUUAUAUAUUUCAAAAUGUAGUGAUUAAUUAAAAGAGUUUAUUAAAAAUGGUUGAAAUCUACCAAUUUCACGACAAGGUGCCCUCAGUUGUUGGAGAAGAUCUUCUGCUCGAUCGAUAACUGCUUCCAUUUCACAUAAAAGCGGUGCAGCAUUUGGAAAUCUUUCAGUUAUCAUACUCCAAACGAACUCGGCAUCCUCUGUACCUUGCAAUGAUUUCGGCAAUUCAUGUUUUUGACACGUGGAAUCUCGGCGUUCAGACAUUCGAACAACGCAGGCUCUAUUAUCCUUAUUUCAAAAUAUUAAAGACCAUCUAUUCGAUUGCCAGACUGGCAAGGAAGUCAUAUAUUUAAAAAAAAAAAAGUGUUUUGACUUCAUUGACAGAUUGACAACAUUUAAAACAAAAGACGAUGAGACAUAUAGCGACAUUGAGUUUGCUUUGAUAAUAUUUAUAUGUAUGUACACUAUUUGUAUAUUCAAUGAAUAAUGCGCAGAAAUUAAUUGAAAUGUAAAACAUUAAAAAGUGUGAACAAAA